AUGGCGUCAGCGAGCAGUGUGGCGGGCGAGGUGCCUGCUGACGACGACACGGAAGGUGAAGGCGCGGAGGCGGAGGGCAGGGAGGAGGAGUGCAGGCUGCCCAAGCAGAACAUCAUGCGCAUCAUGAAGAAGGAGCUGCCCGAGAGGAGCAAGAUUGCGCGUGACGCAACUUCAGCCAUGACGGAGUUCCUGAACGAGUUUAUUUGCUUUGUGUUCGCCGAAGCAAACGACCUCGCGCAACAGCAGGGGAGCAGGGUCGUUAAGAUGGAGCACGUCAUCGAGGCCGCGCAAGACUUGGGCUUCGAUGACUACGUUGGUGUCCUCAAAGAAAUGAUGACGGAGGACGGCGAGGCUCCGCACUUUCGCGCUAAGAUCCGAUCUGCGUUCGAGAGAGCGACACUGUACCUAUCCUUCACUUAG